CCUGCCUUCCCAGGAGGCCCAGGACUCUCACCCACGGCCCUUCCCUGCAGCUGGAGCAGACUCUGCGGCUGGAGUCUGGGGAACUGGAGACGCAGGAGCCCAGGGGGCUGGUACGGCAGAGCGUGGAGUUGCGGAGGCAGCUGCAGGAGGAGCAGGCCUCCUACCGGCGCAAGCUGCAGGCCUACCAGGAGGGCCAGCAGCGGCAGGCCCAGCUUGUGCAGCGGCUGCAGGGCAAGAUUCUCCAGUACAAGAAGAGGUGCUCGGAGCUGGAGCAGCAGCUGCUGGAGAGAUCCGGAGAGCUGGAGCAGCAGCGACUGAGGGACACAGAACACAGCCAAGACCUAGAGAACGCCCUCAUUCGGCUGGAGGAGGAGCAGCAGAGGAGUGCCAGUCUGGCCCAGGUGAAUGCCAUGCUCCGAGAACAGCUUGACCAGGCAGGCUCGGCCAACCAGGCUCUGAGUGAGGACAUACGAAAGGUGACCAGUGACUGGGCACGCAGCCGCAAGGAGCUGGAGCAGCGGGAGGCAGCAUGGAGGCGUGAGGAGGAGUCUUUCAACGCCUACUUCAGCAACGAGCACAGUCGCCUGCUCCUCCUCUGGAGGCAGGUAGUGGGGUUCCGGCGGCUGGUCAGCGAGGUGAAGAUGUUCACCGAGAGGGACCUGCUGCAGCUGGGAGGGGAGCUGGCCCGGACAUCACGAGCUGUCCAGGAGGCAGGCCUGGGACUGAGCACGGGCCUGCGGCUGGCAGAGAGCCGGACUGAGGCAGCCCUGGAGAAGCAGGCCCUGCUGCAGGCCCAGCUGGAGGAGCAGCUGCAGGACAAGGUGCUCCGAGAGAAGGACCUGGCCCAGCAGCAGAUGCAAAGCGACCUGGACAAGGCUGACCUCAGUGCCAGGUAGGUAUGUGGUGGGUGCCGCACAAG